AUGGAGGUUAUUGUAUCCACUGUUGCUGAUGCUAUGCUCUCUGCUUUCUUCCGCUCCGUAUUUGAAACGUUGUCGUCCCCUGACUUUCUUAAAUUCACACGGGAUGAGCAAGUUGUAGCCGAAAUGCAAAAAUGGGAGAAAUUGUUGCUUAAAAUAAAUGCCUUGCUUGAGGAUGCUGAAGAAAAGCAAACCACAAGUCGUGCUGUGAAACUCUGGCUCAGGGAUUUACAACAUGUUGCUUUUGAUGCUGAAGAUGUUGUUGAUGAAUUUGCCACUGAGGCUUUGCAGCGCAAACUAAUGGAGCUGACUCAGGCUUCAGUAAGCAGCCACAAGGGAUGGAAGAAGUUCAUCCUUCCGUCUCGUUUCCGUGCUAUCAAUCCAAAUUCUAUUAUCUUUGAUUCCGAGAAGUACAAAAUAAAAGAAAUUACUGAAAGAUUGGAUGACUUAGAUGCACGAAAGAAUUAUUUGAAUUUAGUAAAGAUUGGUGGAGGGAGAUCUGAGAAAGUGCUUCCGAGGCUGCCCACCAGUUCACUUGUUGUUAAGUCUCGUGUUUAUGGUAGGGAAAGGGAUAAAGAUGCUGUGAUUAACUUGUUGAUGGAUGGUGGUGAAAUGGGUGUGGUUCCAAUUGUAGGGAUGGGAGGUGUUGGUAAAACUACUCUUGCUCAGUUAGUAUAUGAUGAUGAGAGAAUUAAGACUUCAUUUGAAUUGAAAGCUUGGGUUUGUGUCUCCGAGGAAUUUGAUGUUCUUAGGGUGACAAAGACCUUGCUUGAUGCUGUUGCUUCUGAUAUUGGCAAGUUGGAGGAUUUAAAUUUACUUCAAAUGCGGCUAAAGGAGAAGUUGUUGGGGAGAAAAUUUUUGAUCGUUUUAGAUGACAUCUGGAAUGAGAACUAUUUGCAAUGGGACCUACUAUGCAGACCCUUUGCAGCAGGCGCAGCUGGAAGUAAAAUACUGGUGACAACACGGCAUGAAAGAGUUGCAGCAGUCGUGGCUAACCGUGUGGGAUACCAUUUGAAGCAAUUGUCAAAUGAUGAUUGUCUUUCAUUAUUCACCUGGCAUGCUCUUCGAGCUAACAAUUUUGAUGGAUACCCAAAUUUAAAAGUAGUUGGUGAGCAAAUAGUGAAGAGGUGCAAAGGGUUGCCACUUGCAGUUAAGACCUUGGGAGGACUCCUUCGCACUAAAGUAAAUCGGGAUGAAUGGGAGGAAAUUUUGAUGAGCAAGAUAUGGAAUUUACCUGAAGAAAGAAGUGGUAUAAUUCCAGCUCUGAGAUUGAGCUACCAUGAUCUUCCUUCCAAUUCGAAACGAUGCUUUGCUUAUUGUGCUAUAUUUCCAAAGGGCUAUGAAUUUGACAAGGAUCUGUUGGUUCUACUGUGGAUGGCAGAGGGUUUCUUACAACAGCCAAAAGGUCAAAUGGAGGACUUAGGUUUGGAUUAUUAUAAUGAGUUACUUUCACGAUCAUUUUUCCAGCAGUCAAACAGCAACAAAACUCGAUUUGUGAUGCAUGACCUCAUAAAUGAUUUAGCUCAAUUUGUUUCUGAAGAAAUAUGCUUUAGUUUUGAAGAUGGGGAUAUGCUUAAUGGUGAUAAGUUAUGCACAGAUGUUGAAAAGAUUCGUCAUUUAUCUUUCUCUCGUAAACAGUACGACGUUGCAAAAAGAUUUGGAAUCCUCUGUCAGAUGAAGAAUUUAAGAACUUUGAUUGCAUUACCAACUUGUAUGCCACCUUGUGCAGCAUAUUGCUAUUUAAGUGGUGAUGUAUUACAGAAUAUAUGCUACCAAGGUUGA